AUGACUGAAUGCAAUAUAAAUUCCAUGCAGGAGUUUGUUGCAGGCCCUGGAACGGCUACCGUGACCUUUGCACAAGCCCUGCCGCAGAACAGCACAUUUGGAGGCGGCGCUGCCGAUCUUGAGUUUCCGGUGAACGACACAGGUCUGCCAGCACUUUGCGUGGUAACGGUCAAUGUUAAAUCCUCCAGUACAUCCUCCUACAAUUUUGGCCUCUUUCUGCCGCAACAGUGGAACAAUCGCUUCAUUGCCACCGGUAAUGGCGCAUAUGCUGGUGGCAUCAACUGGAACGACAUGGGUACCAAUGCCCGCUAUGGGUUUGCAUCCAUGUCAACUGAUACUGGACACGUUUCGGGAUCCUUCGAUGCGAGUUGGGCACUCAACAACCCCGAGGCUCAGUUUGAUUGGGGCUUUCGGUCUAUGCACGGCUCAGUCGUCUACUCUAAGUUGAUCACCAACGCAUAUUACGGGACAAACAUCAGUUAUUCGUACUAUUCGGGCUGCUCUACCGGUGGUCGACAGGGCUUCAGGGACAUUGAGCUGUAUCCUGAAGACUUCGAUGGAAUCCUGGCCGGGGCGCCAGCAUGGUGGACGACACAUCUCCAACCAGACAAUGUCCAAGUGGCACUCCACAACCUUCCUGUCGACGCUCCUACUCACAUCCAGUCUUCUCUCUUCCCCGUGAUCGGAGCUGAAGUCCUCCGGCAAUGUGACCCUCAGGACGGCUUUACAGAUGGAAUCAUAUCGGAUCCCGAGGGAUGCAAUUUUGUCCCAGAAAGGCUGCUUUGCACCCCUACUUCAAAUAAGAGCGCUUGCCUUACUGGCCCCCAGUUGGACACUUUGUAUCAUAUCUACAACGACUGGUGGGAAACGAACCAGACAUUCGUCUUUCCUCACUAUGAGCUUGGAUCUGAGGCUCAGUAUGGUUUCCUCCUUAAUACGGACUCUGGAACUCCGACAGAGCCAGGAAUCGCGUGGAUCCAAAACUGCCUUUAUAACGACACGACGUGGGAUUGGCACGACUUCACCUACCAGGUGAUCUUGGAUGCAGACCGAAUCAAUCCCGGGCAGGCCAACGUCGGGUUCGAUUUCACCGGAUUCUAUAAGCGCGGCGGCAAGAUCAUUCAAUAUCAUGGCCUUGCUGAUGGCCUGAUUCCUACUCCGAGCUCCGAGGUUCUUUACAAGAACAUCUGGCGUACCAUGGGGGCCGCAGGUAUUCCUCUUGAUGAUUGGUAUCGCUUGUUUCUCAUCCCCGGCAUGCAGCACUGUCAGGGUACGGCGGUUGGUGCACCCUACUACAUUGCCUCUGCUGGUCAACCUUUUGAGCUAGGGCAGGAUGUCUGGAGUGUGCCGGGGUUUAGCGAUCCAAAACACGACGCCCUGCUGGCGCUGUUGACGUGGAGAGAAAACGGCACCGCUCCCGAAUCCAUCAUCGGCACCAAGUUCAUUAAUGAGACUGUCACAGCUGGGGUCGAAAGGCAGAGACCAAUAUGCAUGUAUCCGAUGCAGGCUAAAUAUGGUGGUAAGGGAGACCCAGAUCUAGCGGAGAGUUGGCACUGUCAGCUGUUGUACUAG